AUUCCGUCUUCCAAAACAUCUGAGGUCUCGAGUCGAUCGGAUCCAGCCGCCUCACCACAGGUCCUUGCAGGAUCAACCCUGACAGACACUUCAAAGAUCCUGGGCUACAGCUAAUAAUAGCAAACAAUGGCGUCGCAGCCAGACAGACACUUGGAAUAUAUGCGCCGGGCUCUGGCUCUUGCACAGGAGUCACCUCCUAAACCUACGAACUAUCGGGUCGGAGCGCUCCUGGUCGAUGCCAAGACUAAUUCCAUCCUCGCAUCCGGUUACACACUCGAAUGCGAGGGCAAUACCCAUGCGGAACAAUGCUGCUUUAUAAAAUUGGCCGAGGCUCACAACGUUCCGGAGGAAUUAUUAGGGGAUAUCUUGCCUCGGGAGACCGUGUUAUACACUACCGUGGAGCCCUGUUUCAAAAGAUUAAGUGGGAAUUUACCAUGUGUGGAAAGGAUACUGCGGUUGGGCAACGCCAUAGAAACUGUAUAUGUUGGGGUUAAAGAACCGGAGAAGUUCGUGGGCGAGAAUACUGGAAGGAAACAAUUGGAAGAUGCUGGUAUAAAGGUUGUUCUUGUCGAAGGCAUGGAAAAGGAGAUAUUGAAGGUAGCUACAGCUGGCCAUAAAAUUGCCGAUGUUUGAUGCGGAGGUGCUCUCCGAACACCUUUCCGAGAAGGUUAGAGAGGCCAAUUCAGAAACUUCUGGAGAGCCACUGGCUCAUGGGGCACAUUCCGGCUCAAAGGAAAGUACCCUAUUUCAACCCUGGACAGAUAUCAGCGGCGGGUGCUGAAGCUACAUCAUUUCUGUCUGGACCUUUUGCUCUCCCGAGGCUGUUGUCUGCGAGAAAUAUUAGGGACUCAAGUCAAUCAAGGUACUUCCGUAAGGCUGAGAUAGUUGCGGAUAAAUAGCAAUUCCGAGUCCGUAACCCGCAUACAGUUAUAUGCGAAAACUCCCUGUUUUAGCGAAUUUUAGC